AUGAAAGCUUUUAGAUUCAUAUCAUCAUCAUCACCAACAUUAUUGAAAUGUAGUGGUAUUAAUUUCAAACCAAUACAAACUACUACUGCUUCAACAUUACUCGAAUCUAGUUCUUAUCAAAACAAUAAUAAUAAUAAUAAUCAUAAUCAUAGUAAUAAUGGUAGUAAUCAAAAAAGAUUCUUUAAUUUCAAUAGUAGUAGUAAUAGUAGUAAAUUGAUAUUUACUACAACAGCUCUAUCAUCAUUGUUAGUUGGUGGUGGAAGUAUCUUGUGUGAGGAAGAGAGAAAACAUCAUCAUCAUAAUCUGACUAGAAGCAAAGAGGAAUUAGAAUUAAUGGCCGCACAAGAAUCAAAGAGAAAUAAUACAAUUACCAAUCUUGCAGGUGUAACUAGUUUGGGUACAUUUGUAGGUUAUGCAGCUGGCUAUGCCACCAAAAGACUAGGUAAAAUAGUAUUGUUUGUAGUUGGAUUCCUUUUCAUUUUCACUCAAACCCUCUCCUACUAUGGAUACCUUACCGUCGAUUGGGGACGUGUCACCAAAGAUGUAUCUCCAAAGUUUUCAAAGGAAAAGAGAAAACAAUACCUUAGAAGUUUUAUUAAUUUAUUAACUCAAAAUCUUCCAUUUAAACUUGGAUUUGGUGGAGGAUUCUAUCUUGGUUUAAUGUCAAAAAUGCAUUAG